AUGUUUAAAUAUUAUAAAAAUGAAUUUUACGUUUUCUCAUUUAAGAAUUCAUUUGGUCCACAACGAACAUCACCAUCACUAUCCAGUACAUAUUUAAGAUUUAUGGAUGAUCUUCGGGACACAAAUAGCCGUUUACGUCAUGAAAUAAAUUUACUCGGAAGGACUAUAGAUCGACUCACUGACCAAGAACAAAAUUUACGAGUAGAAACUAUUCAAGAACAAACUGAGAAUCUUCGAUUGGCAGUAAAUAAUUUAAAUUUACAAAAGGCAGUCGAUGACUUGAAAUCAAGCAAUUUUACGGUUCAGAAAAUGUAUGAAGAUAUGAAAGGAAAAUACGAAGAUAUGAAAGGAAAAUAUGAAGAUAUGAAUGAAAAAUAUGAGAAAUUAGAAAAAAAAACUUGCAAGUUUUGA